AUGACGAGACCAGGUCUCUGGGGAUGGCAGAACCUCCAGGUCGUAACAACAGCCCUCCCGAGGAGAGGCAAAUGGUUUCUUGUCAUCAACAAUGGCAUCGGCGUCCUUGGUCCCACGGAUUACCAUAUUUUGCAUGGUGAUGACGUCAUUUCCGUUGAAAGGAAUAUCAGCUGUGGUCGAGGAAGUGCAGUGUUUGAAGAGAAGAACUCGGAAGAAGAGAACGCCUUGCGGUUGGCGGUGGAAAAGAUCAACUCUGACAAGAACAUCCUCCCCACAGUCCGUGUAAAAUACGACUUCCUCUAUCUUACGAGUCAGGACACCUUCUCUGCAACAAAAGAAGGUUGUAAUCUAUUGGCGGGUGAUCCCGUCGCUGUCAUCAGUGUGACGUCAUGCGUCAACGCUCUUUCUUUACAGUCCGUCUGCGCAGCCUUCCACGUCCCUCACAUUCAUGUCCCGGAUGAACGUUGUGACGUCAUUUCCGCCCAAAGGUUUGCCCUCAGCACGUCUCCCCACGGAAGAGAGAUAGACUCUGCCCUAUCAGACUUGAUCGCGCAACUGAAGUGGAGGAAAGUUGUCUUCUUUUACGAUGAUCAAGGAGAUUUUAACCGAAUACAGAACAUCCUGGACAGAGGACAGAGAGGAUCCCUAGACGUUCUGAUUCUGAACUUCCAAAGAGUACAGGUCUCCAGCGGGUCUUUCAUAGAUCACGUGAGAGAUAAUGACAUCAGUCUGAAGAACGUGGUGCUCCUGUGCCGCCCGAGUGUUAUCGUGGAUCUAGUUACAGAGGCGACGAAGAUGGGCGUCAUCAGUCAUUCGGAUCACUGGAUAGUUGUGAAUGAGGAGAUCACAGCUGAUGACCUACACCGUAUGAACGUGACGCGAGGCAUCGUGACGGCCAUCCACAGGGAGGGGCGGCGGGGAACCAACUCUUCAGGCACAGCCGAGGAACACAGGUCACAGCUCAGAUCUGCGUAUGUGUAUGACGCAGUGACGGUGAUCGCGCGAUCUCUCGAUGGUCUCGUGAAGCGCGAGAGUUGGGACACCCCCGCGGGACUGACCUGUGACCUGGGCGCACCUGCCCCGUGGCAUGACGGGACGGCAUUCCUGGAAAGCCUGCACCAGGUGGACAAAGGGAACAUCCUGAGCGAGAGAACGUCAAACGAGUCCGUGGCGCGAGCUGACGCGACGUUCCAGAUCCUACAGGUCAAGUUUACUACCAACGGGACCACCAUGGAACAGAUCGGCACCUGGGACCCGGUGAACCACCUGGAGAUGUUCCAGGUGCCGUACCCGAAGGAUGUCGGUCUACAGAACGUACGCUUACGGGUGGUGACAACAGAGGAUAUACCUUUCGUGUUUAAGUCGGGAGAAGAAGACAACCCGAAGUUUAUCGGCUUCUCGAUAGACCUUCUGGACGAACUGUCCAAACUGCUCGGCUUCUCCUACGACAUCUACGAGGUGGCCGACCGGAAGUAUGGUGCCCCAAAGCCUGACGGGAGUUGGAAUGGCAUGAUUGGUGACGUAGUCAACAUGAAAGCACACCUCGCCAUCUCGGCCAUGACCAUUACCACCCAGAGGGAGACUGUUGUGGACUUCCCCAAACGCUACAUGGACCAGUCCUUCGGCAUCCUCACCAAGAAACCAGAGAUCAAGACCAACAACGUCCUCGGCUUUCUAGGACCGUUCAGUGUGUACGUGUGGGGCUGUAUCGUGGGGGCGCUGUUCACCGUGGGGACCGUGCUGUUUGUGCUGGACCGCAUCACGCCGCACCUGCUGUACAGCGAGGGCGGGAACGAGACGCCGGGAGUCAAACUGAAGGACAGCUUCUGGUUCAUCUACAGCUCCUUAGUACAGCAAGGUUGGGACUGGAGCCCGCAGUCCUUCUCGUGUCGACUCCUGAGCGGCUUCUGGUGGCUGUUCUGCCUGAUCAUCAUCUCCACCUACACCGCCAACCUGGCUGCCUUCCUCACGGUCACCCGCAUGGAGACGCCGAUCAAGUCUAUCGACCAGCUGGCAUCGCAAACGGUCUUACCGUACGGAACGGUCAGUGACACCAGCCUGACCACCACACUGCAGUCGUCUGACAUCGACGUCUACCAGAAGAUGUGGCGGUUCAUGAACGGCAGCGACCCGCCUACGUUUGUGGAGACAGCCGAUGAAGGUUUCGAAAGAGUUCGACAGGGGAACUACGCGUUUCUGUGGGACGUCGCCAUUAUCGAACACGUCGCGCUGAACGACCCCACCUGCAGCCUCAUGACGUCAGAGAGCCACUUCUACGAAAGGGGUUAUGGGAUAGCUCUCCAGCAAGGUUCGCCUUAUAGAGAGGACUUCUCUUUUGGAAUUCUACAGCUUCAGGAAAAUGGAGUACUGGAAAGGUUGAAAGAUAAAUGGUGGCCAAAGCUCGGCAAGUGCUCCCUCUCCACGUCUCACACCAAGACUGUGGCCACGGAGCUGGGCCUGGACAGUUUCGCGGGAGUCUUCUACGUCCUGAUGCUGGGAACUCUGCUGUCCGUGUCCGUCUGCUUUGUGGAAAUCUUGGUCUACAUGCGAAAAGGAGGGGACUACGAUUGGAAGAUGUUCACCUGUAGAAAAAGAGGGAAGCCGCCGAGAAACGAGACAGCCGACACCCUAGUGGAGAUCCACCGGAGGGAGAACGGGAACGUUCAGGUCACCACGACCGUGGAGUUUCCGCCCAGAGCCAACACCGUCCCCUCAAGUAUCAUCAGUAGAGACUCCAGAAAUAACCUGAACGGACCGGAAUCAUUCAAAUGUACAACCUUGUAAUUUGAAUCAUCUGUGGUCGAGAGGUUUGGAAGUGUCGCCAUGUUGGAACAAAGAUGGCGGCCAUGUUGGAACAAAGAUGGCGGUUAUUUUAAAUGCUGGAGGGACUGUUGAGGUUCACGUAUUGACCGUCGUAGCAACGUUACUGCUUUUCGAGGGUCUGGUAGUAAAUGGAGGAUAGCUUAAUUGAAUUAAGUAAA